UAGAACACGGGGAGAUUAUGGGGAAGUACCAUGUUUUCUAUAAGGGGAAAUAGAAAGAGUGAGGCUUUAUAUUAAAGCGGAGGGUGAAACUUGAUUAUUAUUGUUCAUGUGACGAAGGCGAAAUGCUCUCUAUUUAUAUAACUUUAUAUUUGUUACACCGAUUCUUCAAAAAUGAGAGUUAGCAUAAGUCCUGAUAGCUUGCGAUACACUCAAGAUUCAAUAAGUUCCAACUUCAAAAAUGGCAAAAGCUUGGAGAAAGCCAUUAACGACGUUGCCAAAAGAGUAUCGUCAGUUGAAUCUUUUCCUGUAAUGGAGGUUUACAGUUUGGGUGGAAAAUUUUGGUGCCGAAACAACAGAAGACUGUACGUUAUGAAAGAGCUGCAAAUGCGGGGACAUUUAGAAGAAAUCGUUGUUGACUACGUGGGGGAAAGGCCACAUAAUAGAAGAUAUUUUACGACAAAAACAAUCGGGAAAAGUAUACGAGUUCGGAGAGGACGGUUCAGAACUAUUAAUGCAGACACAUUAUUCUCCUCAUUUGCAUACUUGACACUUACAGAUGACGAUUUUAUUUUAGACUGAUAAUCCAAAUGCUAUGAAAUUUCAAGACCUUUUAUGAUGUCGAUGGGUUUUUUAAUUGUUAUGAUGGGAAUCGGGGCGUUCGCAAAUGUUUGGACGAACUCGUUUUUGAAAUAUCGUGAUGAUCAGCGAACACGUUCUUGUUUUCGCCGUUAGGCGACCGCGAAAAUUGAGUAGUAGUAACCGUAGUAAUGUAUUAGAAUUUUGUGAAUCGUGCCAUGUGAUGGCAGAUUAUCUGUCAAAAUACAAGUACUUGUCGUGAGUGAGUUCGACAUGAAAAAGAAGUCGUUCUUAAAUUUCAAAUCCCACAUAUAUGGUACCAAUUACAACAUUAUACUGUAAUUUAUAUAUAUUGUAUAUUUUUAUACGAUGCUAUUAAAUUGAAUUCACCUUAUUUGUGGAAUGAGUUGAUUUUAUUGCAGGGGACAUUUGUUUAUGACGUAACAUUGAACAUUGAUAUCUCAUAGAUUGAGAUUUUGAAGGAUAAUUCAGUUCUGUGUGAUAAUAUUGAGUAUGUUUAUAUUUUAAUUUACUUCUUCAAAUAUUUCUUCAAUCAAUUUUUAAAAUAAAGGUAUCCGUACUUCCG